AUGUAUGCACAAGCAACGUUGGCAAAUGAAGAUCAAGGCAGUGCAGACACAUCCAAGGUCGUUCAUCUAUCCAUGCUAUCCAAUUGGCAAAGUACUCCACUUUACCUGGAGGCAUUCUCAUUCUUCAAAGAGAAGCUUGAUGUCGACAGUUACAAGCAAUACAUUGAGGAGGUCAAUCAAAGAUACGUUAAGAAGCAGGCUGAGAAUGGCGACACAUUACUCACUGAUGAGGAAUCAUUCCAGGUGAUAGUGGACAGCAGUGCAAGCAUCUUGGAUUCUGAUCAGAGUCAGAGUCAAUCAUACAUGACCUUGUUCCUAAAGGCUGUGCUUGCCCUACGCACAUAUUCACCACGCGUCGAGAUGCUACGCCAACUCUACCUCCAGGACCUUUCCAACAUCAACAACAACGACAACGACAACAACAACGACAACAACAUCAACAACAAAAGGGAACGCACACAGGUCAUUGUGCUUGGCGGCGUUGAAGGAUCAUUCUCCGCAUGGGCAAAAAGCAUUGAUUUUACUUACCAUUUUGCAGAUAGCAUCAAUCUCGAGAUACCAGUUAGGCGGCCGGUAGUCUACCAGCAGGAUACGAUCUAUGCACAGAACACUUUGUUCAAGUACGACGCUCAGGUACUUGUUCCGCUCCAAUCAGUGCCCGUCGCAGUGUACUACAGCGACGUGACCUCUGCCACCUUUGCUGAAGUGCACCGCCAGCUCAAGAAGCUGGCCGAGGGCGGCAAGAUCAUCUACGCCCUGCGAUUCGUCGUGCCGAGUUCCAAACGAAAAGCACACAUACAGGGCUAUGGGUAUAGUCUCUCUAUCAAGAACCUCGAGUACAAGGUGAUGGACGACAGUGUCAUAGAGAAGGACGAGUUACAGAGUCAACUGGCGGCGACUGCCCAGAACGAGGAUAUAUCUGGCUUCAACUUCAAAGUGCUGCACACUCGGCAUCCCGAACUCUCGAGCAAGUUGAGCACGUUCCGGAAGUACCUAUUGGCCAACCAGCAAACCACCGAGCUGAAAGUGUGGCAGGUCAAGGAUCUAGGAGUGCAGGCGGCGCAGAAGAUCGUUGGCUCGUCCGACCCCAUCCGCUCGCUGAGCUACAUCUCCUCGACAUUCCCCUCACUCCAAGCAUCGUUGGCACGCAUCUCCCUCAACGAGACGCUCAAACAACAAAUCGAAGCCAUUCACAAGCACGUGACCGAGGGCGAGAACCAACUCUUCCUCAAUGAUCGCGUGAUCCAGGUUGGUGACUCUGUCGAGGAUGAGUUCGAAUUGAACCCUCUUGGACUCACAGACAUUGUGUUGGAUGAGGUCAAGUUUGGUGCACAGCUACAACAGAUCGGAUUGAGCAAUGACCAGAUACUCAAUGUGAACAAGCUCAUCUUGAAGCCAAGCUCCAUUCGCUUUGACAUGUUGCCAGACGACCAAAGUAUCAUCCUCUACAUGAACAACCUCAACUCGGACUAUACCUAUCAACGCUGGGACAAAUCAUUCAGUGCUCUGAGUGGAAACUUGGACUCAUCAUCAGUGUACUUUGGCAAGAACUUGUUCACAGCAUUGUUUGUGUUGGAUAUGGGAUCAGAGGAAGUGUUCACGCAGUUGGCAAUGGUGUCGUCGUUGAUCAAUAACAACUCGCCAUGCCGUUUUGGAAUCAUCUUCAACACGGAGAGCCUCCCCACUGACAAGAAGCCUCCUUCAGAUUUGGUGCGACCAGAGGUCGUCGCCAGACUCUUCUGGACGUUCAAGGAGCGCAUGGGCCAUCGCGCUGCAUUCUUCUUUAUGAACGCACUCAACUACUUCCGCUCAGUCUACGAGGCUGACUACAACUCAUACGGCAUUGUCCAGUCUGCCUUCCAGACUGUGAUUGGUCAGAUGGGCAAUCGCAUGCCCAACCUCAUCGGUCUUAUGGAGUCGACCGAGUUGGCACCCCAACUCAUUGGCGCCAGCCAGUACAUCAAUGCCAAGGGCAUCACUCAGUUCCCCCAGCUAUUCAUCAAUGGCAUGUUGGUAGAGAUCAGCGAGAAGCGACCACUGCUCGAUGCAGUUCACUCAUUCUGUAUGGACGAGCUUCAUGUGAUCAAGGCUCUCUGGCAGGAAGACGUUCUCAACGACAACACAGACGACAUUUACAAGACCAUCAUGGAGAACUUCCGCACCAAGGGACAGCUGCUCAGCAGCUUCAACCCCACUGUGAUACCCUCAUCACAGAGCACUGUCAAGCUUCCAGGCGACAUCUUUGGAUCCAAGGCCGCUGAGCGCGUCUACCAAUCACUCGUGUGGCAUCUUGCAAGUGGACGCGACGCUUCAGCCAUUGACAAGGUGUCGGUCAUUGUUGUGGCCGACUUUAACACGGCCCCCGGUGUCAAGGCUGCAUUGUCUGCACUCAACUCUGUCUUCCACAGUGAGAGCAACACCCAGGCACGCUAUGCCAUGCUGCCAUUGGCUGACAGUCCCGUGUCUAGAGUGCUGGCACACCCACAAAUCAAGACUCAAUCCGCUAUCGAUCUGCUCAACAAACAGUUGAACAAACUUGAGAGCGAUCAGACACUGAGCCUCGAACAGGCCCUGGCUGCAGCCGGCCUCUCCAAUGACAAUGACAUGACCCAACGCAUUGGUGACCAAUUGCAAUACGUCAACUCUGGUCUCGACCUGCACAGUGGCGUUGAGAAGACCUACCUUUUGGCCAAUGGAAGAUUGAUUGCGAUUGAUGACAACGACCUGUUCAAUGACUUUGCCUAUCUUGAGCGAUUCGAGUCGAGCAGAGUGGAGGGUGCCGUUGCGGCACUCGGUGACGCGACCAUCACAUCCGAUCUCUUGAUGAGGGUGGUCUCGGCGCUCGCCAGCAAGAUGCAGAGCAACGCUCAGCACAAGGAGUUGCCCACCCAGAUGGUACCAUCAUUCGUCUACAAUCCUGCCACAACUGGUGCUCGCCAACUGCCACUCCGAUUCAAGAUGGUGGUCAACCCGCUGAGCAAGACCGCACAGAAGAUGAUCCCCAUCGUGGCUGAGCUCUCACGUCACUUUGGAAUCCCAUGCGAUGUGUUCCUCAAUGUGCAGCUGUCUCUCUCUGAGCUGCCCCUCAAGACCUACUACUCAUACGUCGUCAACCUCGACACUAAGUUCUCGGCCACUGGCGCCUCAAUCUCGGAGCCGGCCGGCACACUGGUCAACCUACCCGACAAGAAGGUGCUUACUCUGGCCAUCGACGUGCCAUCCAGCUGGAUCGUCAAGCCCAUCAUUGCCAAGUACGAUCUGGACAACAUCCGUCUGAAGGAUUUGGGUCAGGAGCAGGUGAUGCGCGCAGUCUACGAGUUGGAGCAUCUCUUGGUGCAGGGCCACGCCGUCGACGUCAAGGACAAAUCAUCGUUGUCUGGUAUGGAGCUCAAACUCGUUCCGUCAAAGAAGCAGCAACAAGUUGAAACACCAGAGAUCGACACAAUCAUUAUGGGUUCGAUCGGAUACUUCCAACUGCAGGGCAACCCUGGCGUGUGGUACCUCGAGACCAUGGGUCGCGGCAACCAGAUCAUGGACAUCUUGGACAUGGUUACACUGAAGGACAAGGCCGACCACGUCAUCCCACGUCGUCUGAUCAUCGCCGACUCUUUCAAGGGCAGUCCCAUCUACCUUGGCGUGCAGCACAAGCCUGGCAAGCAACACGAGCCCAUCCUCCCACCCGUCAGCAAUGACGACACGGGUGCGGUGGCUGAGCAGCAAGAGGAGGAGUCGACCGGCUUCCUAUCGAGUCUGUGGGGCGGCGGCGCCAAGAAGAAGCAGCCACAGGUUAAGGCCAGCAACAACGGUACAUUGGACACGAUCCACGUGUUCUCGGUGGCCAGUGGACAUCUCUAUGAGCGAUUCCUCAAGAUCAUGAUGUUGUCGGUCAAGAAGAACACGCAGAAUCCAGUCAAGUUCUGGUUCCUCAAGAACUACCUGUCGCCCAAGUUUGUGGACUUUAUCCCGCACUAUGCCGAGAAGUACGGAUUUGAGUAUGAGCUCGUGACGUACAAGUGGCCAUACUUCCUGCGUCAGCAGACCGAGAAGCAGCGCAUCAUCUGGGCCUACAAAAUCCUGUUCCUCGACGUGCUGUUCCCGCUCUCGGUCAAGAAGAUCAUCUUUGUCGACGCCGACCAGGUCGUGCGCACUGACCUUCGCGAGCUCUGGGACAUGGACCUGCAGGGCGCAUCGCUUGGCUACACGCCAUUCUGUGAUUCCAACCGCGAGACUGAAGGCUUCCGCUUCUGGAAGAAGGGCUUCUGGCACGACCAUCUGCGUGGACGCCCUUACCACAUCUCUGCGCUCUACGUGGUGGACCUGCAGCGUUUCAGAAGGAUCAUGGCCGGCGACCACAUGCGUAUGACCUACGAGCAGCUGAGCCGCGAUCCAAACAGUCUUGCCAACCUCGACCAGGAUCUGCCCAACUAUCUGCAGCACACGGUGCGCAUAUUCAGUCUGCCCCAGGAGUGGCUGUGGUGCGAGACUUGGUGCUCACAAGAGUCCAAGACCAAGGCCAAGACCAUUGAUCUGUGCAACAACCCAAUGACCAAGACUCCCAAGCUCGAGAACGCAGUCAGGAUCAUUGGCGAGUGGACUGACCUUGAUAAUGAGGCAAAGCGCGCCGAGCAGGAUUACAACGAGCAACAGCAACAACAACAGCAACAGCAACAACAAAGAGUUAUCUCACAGACAACUGCUGGUGACCAACAUCAACAUCAUCAACAAACAGUAGAUCAAACAACACCAGAUGUUGAGUUGGCUCAGAAUGCUUUGGAAGAGGCACAAACCUAUUUCAAUUAA